AUGCCUAACGCCAACACUACCACAUCUACAGCUACUACCACUAACUCAACUAGCAGAAAACCCACUGUCAGCUAUACUUUGUUCAUGUAUCGUGAAGAGUUGAAAAGACGAGAGGCCCGCUAUUUGCGUUUAAAUAAAACGAAAAUUGUUUUAACUAGUGAAUUGAUUUCGAAAAGUGUGCGCAAUUUCAAACACUGUACCGCCGAGGACUUAAAAUCUAUCACCCGUGAGAUGUUCUUUAAGAAGAAAUUAAAGAAACAAAUUGUUCGCAUUCAAAAACUACAGAAUUUGGGCAUUGACAAUGCUAACCCUAAUGCUCAGUCUACGGAAUUGUAA